CAAAUAAGAAUAAGCCUCGUUUGUUUUUUUUUUUACUUUUCCCCUCUCUUCAUCGCUGCUCUCUUUUCUCAGGAUCUCCAAUCAAUCAAUCUCUCUGUUUGACUGAUCGGUUAGGGUUUCUCUCAAUCUCCCCCCCAGACGAAAUCGCCGCCGAAGAAGCAGCGAUUACCUAGAUUCUUCACAGCUUAGGGUUCUAGGAUCUAUUCCUUUUUCUCAGCUACGGCGAAGCUUUUCAGCUCAUCUCCUCCCUCGCAGCAGCCAUGUUCUGGAAGCUCACAUCUCUCUCUGCAUCCUCUCCGGUGGAGACGAUUCUAGACAAAGAAAACUUCACCUUGGAAGAGCUUCUUGACGAGGAAGAGAUUAUUCAAGAGUGCAAGGCUUUGAAUAGCCGCCUCAUUAAUUUUCUAAGGGAUAAAGCUCAGGUGGAGCAGUUAUUGCGGUAUAUUGUUGAAGAACCUCCGAGUGAUGCUGAUGAUAGUAAACGUGCUUUCAAGUUUCCAUUCAUCUCGUGUGAGAUAUUUACAUGUGAAAUUGAUGUUAUUCUAAAGACUUUGGUGGAGGAGGACGAGCUGAUGGACUUGCUUUUCUCCUUUCUGGAACCAAAUCGUCCUCACAGUGCAUUGCUGGCUGGCUAUUUCAGCAAGGUCGUCAUUUGCCUUAUGGUGAGAAAGACUGCAGCGCUUAUGAAUUAUGUAAAAGGGCAUCAAAAUGUUUUCUGCCAGCUGGUUGAUUUGAUUGGAAUAACAUCCAUCAUGGAGGUUUUGGUUCGCUUGGUGGGGGCUGAUGAUCACGUUUAUCCCAACUUUCUGGAUGUGAUGCAAUGGUUGGCGGAUAGCAAUUUACUUGAAAUGAUUGUGGACAAACUUAAACCAUCUUGUCCUCCUGAGGUUCAGGCAAAUGCAGCAGAAACAUUAUGUGCAAUUUCUCGGAAUGCACCGUCAGCUUUAGCUUCACAGCUCUCUAGCCCUGGCUUUGUUUCUAGGAUACUUGGUCAUGCUCUUGAAGACUCACACUCAAAAUCUUGUCUAGUUCAUUCGCUUUCAGUAUGCACUUCUCUGUUAGAUCCGAGGAAAUCUGCUACGUCAUCAUCGAUGUUCAAUUCUUAUAGUGGUCAACAUAUGUUCGAGUCUCCUGUCCCAGUGUCCCAGGAGACAAUUGGUGCCAUGCUUCCUAAACUCAACGACUUGCUUAUGCUUCUCACGGUAGCACCUGACAGCACAGUAUUGCCUACAACAUAUGGUGAACUGAAGCCUCCUCUUGGGAAGCAUCGUCUAAAGAUUGUGGAGUUUAUUGCAAUUUUGUUGAGAACUGGAAGUGAAGCUGCACAGAAGGAGUUAGUUAGUUCAGGAACAAUUAAAAGAACCCUUGAUCUGUUUUUCGAGUACCCAUACAAUAACGCUCUGCAUCAUCAAGUGGAGAGUAUAAUACUUUCUUGUUUGGAAAACAAGAGCGAAUUGAUGGUUAACCAUAUUCUUCGAGAAUGCAAUCUGAUUGGAAAGUUCCUAGCUUCAGACAAGGACUCGGAUCUCUCAGGCGAUAGCCAGCCCACGAUAGCCGCCACUGGGAAGAAAACCCCUCGAGUCGGAUAUAUUGGACAUAUCACAAGAAUAUCUAAUAAAAUUGUUCAGCUGGGUACCAGCAAUGACCAGAUAAAGACAUACCUCCAGGAAAACAACGAAUGGAAUGAGUGGCAAGGUAGUGUUCUGCAGGAACGCAACACUGUUGAGAAUGUCUACAGAUGGGGAUGCGGGCGCCCAACCACAGUACAAGAUAGGAUAAGAGAUAGCGAUGAGGAAGACAAGGAUUAUGAUGUUGCUGCUCUGGCCAAUAAUUUAAGCCAAGCCUUUAGGUACCAAACGUAUGAUAAUGGUGACAAUGGAGAGGACCACAUUGCUCUCGACAGAGAUGAUGAUGAUGUUUACUUCGAUGAUGAAUCUGCUGAAGUAAUAAUUUCAUCCUUAAGACUCGGCGAUGACCAAGGAAGCUUGUUUACAAACUCAGAUUGGUUCACAUUCCAAGACGACAGAUUCAGCAGCACGCCUCCCGACCCAGCAGGUUCCAAUACAAUAGAGGACGCGGAGUUGAACAGAACCGUCAAUGCCAACACCAGCAGCAGUGACGACGACGAGGUUGUGGUUGGAGUAGAAGACGAUGAUCUCACCAGGAAUCCAAAAGAUAGCGCGUUGAACACAGGUGAAACCAACUUCCAAACGGAGAGUCCAAUGGGGUUCUUCGACUUCAACACGUUGGAGAAAACCGAAGAAGCUUUUUCAGAACAGCCACCCGGAUGGGUUGGGUGGGACGAACCAUCAUCCGAUAUGCAAGUGAGUGGCACUGGUCUGAACCCAUUCCUCGAUGAUGAUGAUGAGGACAGCAAAAACGUGAUGAACCUCGACACACCAAUGCUCGAGGCAAAAACCGAACCUGUGAUUCCAAACGGGUCGUCGUCCCCUACGGAAAGAUCACUGUUCGAGAAGGAUGUGGAGUUUGUGGGGGUGGAAGCAGAAGGGACAGAGAAAGCGAUGGAGCAAGCGAUGAAAGAAGGGAUUGUAGGAGAAGCUGGAGCCAUGAAGAUAAACAUGGAGACUGGUGAAGACAGCCAAAAGGCGGAGGAAAGUAGUUCAGGAGGAGAGAAGGAGUUCAACGAUAACAACUACUGGAAAGUGGAUCAAGAUGUCGGAGUUUUGGAGUAAUGUCAGUUUAUCUGUACAGUGUGAUUUUGUAUGAGAGUGUUUACGUAAGAAAACUUAAGUUGAAGAGUCUGAAAAAACAUGUUUCCUGUUGUUGGCCUGUUCUUUCGAAGUUUGAAUCGUGUCUUCUGAAAGAACAACAUAAGAUAGAGAUAAAAUUUGUAAAAGUUAGACCUAACUUCAAACUAAA